AUCACACCAACACCAUUGGGCGAAGGCAAGAGCACCACUCUAUUGGGUAUCGUGCAAGCGUUGUGUGCUCAUCUACACAAGAAUGCGUUCGCGUGUGUUAGACAGCCAUCGCAAGGGCCGACGUUCGGCAUUAAGGGGGGUGCGGCUGGAGGGGGGUAUGCACAGGUGAUCCCAAUGGAAGAGUUUAAUCUGCAUCUGACGGGUGAUAUCCACGCGAUAACAGCGGCCAACAAUCUGCUAGCAGCAGCGAUCGACGCGAGGAUGUUCCACGAGUCAACGCAAUCCGACGAGGCACUCUUCAACCGAUUGGUACCGGCUGAUAAACAGGGAGUACGACAUCUGUCGGCAAUUCAGGAACGACGUUUGAAGCGAUUGGGUAUUGAGGUGGUGGAUGAUGCGAAUAAAUUGACGGUGGAUGAGAGGAAGCGAUUCGCCAGGUUGAAUAUCGAUGCGAACUCGAUAACGUGGAAUAGGGUGAUGGAUACGAACGACAGAUUCUUGCGUCAAAUCGAAGUGGGUCACGCACCAACGGAAAAGGGUCACAUUCGAAAAUGCAGUUUCGAUAUAUCGGUGGCGAGUGAGUUAAUGGCCAUACUAGCGCUAACUAAAGAUCUGGGCGAUAUGCGCGAUAGAAUUGGUAAGGUUGUGGUGGCGAGUGAUUUGGAUGGCAAUCCGGUGAGUGCCGACGAUGUGGGGGUGACGGGCGCGUUGACGGUGCUCAUGAGAGACACGGUCAGACCGAACCUGAUGCAGUCCAUCGAAGGCACACCUGUUUUCGUGCAUGCAGGACCAUUUGCGAAUAUAGCACACGGGCAGAGCUCGAUCCUAGCCGAUAGUGUGGCGUUAAAGCUGGUCGGCGCAGACGGCUACGUGAUCACCGAGGCUGGAUUCGGGGCGGAUAUCGGCAUGGAGAAGUUCUUCAACAUCAAGUGCAGAUACUCAGGCCUGAUGCCGAACUGCGUCGUGAUCGUGGCCACCAUCCGGGCACUGAAAAUGCACGGCGGAGGACCCGCAGUGACACCCGGAGCACCGUUGAAAUACGAGUAUUUGAAUGAGAAUAUACCGCUGGUAGAGGCUGGCUGUGACUCGAACCUGAGAAAACAGAUAGAAAAUGCCAAUAAAUUCGGUGUACCCGUAGUGAUCUGCGUGAACAAAUUCGCCUCGGAUACACAAAACGAGCUGGAUUUGGUGAUUAGAAAGGCGUUGAGUGGGAUGGCUCAGUUGUGUGGUUGUUGGGUUGGUGAGCGGUUGGGUGGCGGUGUGCUGGGUAUUGGUAUUGGUGUGGGUGGUUACGGAGCGAACGGUGCAGUGGUUUCUGACCACUGGUCGAAAGGAGGCGAAGGAGCUGUAGAGCUGGCCGAAGCGGUUGUGAAAGCGUGUGCACUUCCAUUCCUGUACGAUCUGAACGAGAAAUUAGAAAAGAAGAUCGAGACCAUAGCGAAGGAGAUUUACGGUGCAGACGGUAUUGAGGUGCUGCCAGCGGCCAGACAAAAGUUGGAUCUGUUCGAGAAGCAGGGAUUCGGCAAGCUGCCGAUCUGCAUGGCCAAAACACAUCUAUCCCUUUCGCAUGACCCAAGCAAAAAAGGCGCACCAACGGGUUUCACACUGCCGAUUCGUGACGUUCGUGCGUCAGUGGGUGCUGGCUUUAUUUAUCCACUGUGUGGCGAUAUGCAAACCAUGCCUGGCCUGUCGACACGACCGUGUUUCUUCGAUAUCGAUAUCGAUCCAGUCACCGAACAGAUCGAUGGACUUUUCUAG